UUGCCAUUGUCCCGAGAUCAGCUCUGGACUUCUCAGACACUGACUUAAAUAACCUCUCAUUUUCAAAUGCACCCCUUCCACACCGUGCUGCCGCUGCUCAUCUAUCACUGAUUAAAUACCCCGUGUUUUGCUUCACUUGCUCUCUAUCUCUGUCUGUUGUUCGUGCAUCUUCCUUCAUUUUACAUUGAAUUUUGUUUCAAUUUGCAUUCUCCCUUAUGUACUACAGUUCCAAACUUCUUGGUAUCUUUUGCAUCUGCUUUCCCCUUUUCACUAUUUCUUGACAGCUGUUUUGUUUUUGUUUUUUUUUUUUUUACUCCUUGACUACUUCUGCUCUUACAGUUGCACCUCUUUUCUCUGGGCUUUGUAGUUUGGUCAGUCUCUGGGGUUUGUUAUGUAGGGAAUGAUGUAAAUAAUACAAAACGUAAGCCCUGACUAUUUGAUUUUACAACCUCCAGGCUUGUGACAUGGCCACAGACGUAGCUGAGCCUGUGGUCCCUGACUGUAGAGGAGACAUAAGGAGUGGUGCCAGGUCGGAUGCUGACUACCCUCUUCGAGUCCUGUACUGUGGAGUCUGUUCGUUGCCAACAGAGUACUGCGAAUAUAUGCCUGAUGUGACUAAAUGCAGACAAUGGUUAGAGAAGAAUUUUCCAGAUGAGUUUGCAAAACUUACAGUAGAAAAUUCACCGAAACAGGAAGCUGGGGUUGGAGAAGGCCAAGGAACUGCAGGAGAAGAAGAAGAGAAGAAGAAGCAAAAGAGAGGUGGAAGAGGUCAGAUAAAACAGAAAAAGAAGACUGUACCACAAAAAGUCACAAUAGCUAAAAUUCCUAGAGCAAAGAAAAAAUAUGUCACGAGAGUCUGUGGCCUUGCAACGUUCGAAAUCGAUCUUAAGGAAGCACAAAGGUUUUUUGCUCAGAAAUUUUCCUGCGGUGCCUCAGUAACAGGAGAAGAUGAAAUCAUCAUCCAGGGCGAUUUCACAGAUGACAUUAUCGAUGUAAUCCAGGAGAAGUGGCCUGAGGUGGAUGAUGAUAGCAUUGAAGAUCUUGGAGAAGUCAAGAAGUAAUGGUUGAAGACUACCUUUAUUUAAUUAUAUGGUUAUAAAUGACAUAGCCAAAGUGAGGCUUCUAAACCCAUGGAUUCUGCAGUGAUGCUGUGGAGAACCCACAUCCUUGGCAAUUUCACUGUUCUAUAUAGGCUGCUUGGAUUUUUUUGUUGUGAUAUUUGCUAAAGUAAAAUUGGGGUCUAUCAUGCCUACGCAUGAAGAUUUAAAUAAAAUUCCUCUUCUUCACUGAAGAUGGCUUCUGUUUUC